GCAGUGAAAGAGAAGCAAAACGUCAAAUUCAAAAAAAUUUUGAAAUUUCUUCAGUUUAUUCACUGAAGUAAAUUCAAUCUAUUCCUUUAUAUUAUUGCUAUUAUAACAGCAGUUUUUAGGUAUUCUACUAUAAUAGAAUUACUAAAAUGUAUUUAGUAAAAAUCGCAUAUUAAAUAGAUUCUCCCGUUUGGUUAAAGAUAUUCUCUUACCAUGGAUGAACCUUUAGUACGUUAUGAGAAAAUUGACUUUCUAGGAGAAGGCCAGUUUGCCACCGUAUACAAAGCCAGAGAUGUCAAAACUGACAAAAUAGUAGCUGUGAAAAAAAUAAAAAUAGGCUCACGGUUAGAAGCUCAGGAUGGCAUCAACAGGACGGCACUCAGGGAGAUAAAAUUGUUACAGGAACUGCAACAUAUAAACUUAAUAGGACUUUUAGAUGUAUUUGGACAGAAAUCAAAUGUCUCCUUGGUGUUUGAUUUUAUGGACACCGAUUUAGAAAUAAUAGUUAAGGAUAAUAACAUUGUACUUACACCUGCAAAUGUUAAAGCAUACAUGAUUAUGACAUUAAAAGGUUUGGAAUAUUUACACCAAAAUUGGAUAUUACAUAGAGAUCUAAAACCUAAUAAUUUACUUAUAAAUAGAGAUGGUAUUUUGAAAAUUGGAGACUUUGGGCUUGCUAAGGCAUUUGGGUCUCCUACUAGAAUAAACACACAUCAAGUUGUGACAAGGUGGUAUAGGUCACCAGAGUUAUUAUUUGGAGCACGUCAAUAUGGUACAGGAGUGGAUAUGUGGGCUAUUGGUUGUAUAUUAGCUGAACUACUGCUAAGAGUGCCAUUCUUACCUGGAGAAUCAGAUUUGGACCAACUUACGCGUAUUUUUCAAGUAUUUGGAACACCCACUGAAGAAAUUUGGCCGGGUAUGAAGUGCUUGACAGACUAUGUACAGUUCAAACCGUUCCCGCCACAACAGCUGAGACAUAUAUUCAGUGCGGCAUCUGACGACUUGAUACAACUGCUCGAAAGUCUCCUAUCCAUCUAUCCACCCAAGAGGUGCGAUUGUACACAGGCCCUGCAGAUGCCUUAUUUUAGUAAUAAACCAGCUCCUACAGUUGGUCCAAAACUUCCUAUGCCAUCCAGUAUAUCCAAAUUAGAAAUUGACAAACCGUCACUUAAGAGGAAAAUUUUAGAAAACCUGGAUGGCGGUUCAAGAGCCAAAAGACUGCAGUUCUAAAUAUUGUCAGAUUAUGUUCAAACACUGCCACUAUCUAGUAACAAUAUUAAGUGCAAUUGUGAAGAUAAUCAAGUAUCUAUAUGUAAAAGAUCAAUUAAGAUAAUGAAGUUUACUAGGAUGUAAUGUAUGAUAAUUUUAUUCCGUUUAAUAAUAUCUCUCUAGUGAAUAAAGCAGGACUUUAAUAUUCCGAAAUUUUUUAUAAAUUAAAAAACACCCUAUUUUUAUAUAAAUAAAAAAAACCUCUAAUUUCUUUAGUUUUACUGAUAAAUAGGAACCUAUAAUCCCAGACAUCUGAAUAAGGGUCAUAUUACUUAUUAAAUAGAAAACUUAAAAUGGUUUUACGGAAUUACAUUGAGAACUCGUCUGCGUGGGUAUCUCAGUGGGUAGACUGAGAAGCAAGCUAAGCAGCUUGUUUUGUAAAAUGCCUUUCGGUUGAAGGGUGAGACAAGACAGUGUAAUUACAGGAAACAGGUCAUCACAUCUUAGUUCUCCGGAAUGCCGACGCAUGACUGGUAUUGGGUCACAUGAUAAGGCGAUGUCCAAAAUGCUAUUCAUAUAACAUGCCGACAACCAAUUGGUAUCAGAGAAACAUAAAAAAGGUAUGACAGUAUAUAUAUAUAAAAAAAUACAAUUUCGAUAUAUGUACACAAGUAUUCGUGAUCACCAUGUAUGAUUAUUAAAAUGCUUAUGGAGUGAACUAAAAAAAUGAAAUCACAUCUAGUACCUCUUGUUUUAUAAAUACCUACUAAUAUAUUGUUGUGAUUAUCACUGAAAUAUUAAAUGAUAUUUCAACGGUUUUAACGGGCAAAUGAGGUUUAAAGUGUCUAUAAGAAAAAUAAAUAGUGCAAAGUAUUAAUAUAUUAUCUCAGUUUUACUUAUUUUUUUAUACACCGGAAUUUACAUAAUCCUAGUUAAAUGUUGUUAAUAAUAUUAAUAUUAGGAAAUAUCAAUAAAAAUAAAAUUAACAUUAAUUAAUUAAUUAAAAUAGCACAAGUUUAGGAAGCGAAUAUAAUGUAAAAAUAUAAUCUGUGGGUACUAAUAGUAGGUAUAAAGACCAGAUUGUGAAUGAUUAUUGGAAUUAAAUUAUACACUCAAUCGUACAUAGUUUCUGAAAAGCACAGUAUAAUGAACACAUUGACGGCACUGGGAUAAGUCGUAUAAUACAUAAUAAUUGACGUUCAGUCACUUGGAAACAGGUACAGCUGUUACGAAC